AUGCAAACCUCCUUUCCAAUCUUGGUGUUUCCGGGGGUGAUUUAUGUUCCCGAUGAUGACAUUCAACAGUUUGAGGGGGGAAAUCGAGGAUAUCUGGAAUAUACAUAUGCCCAGGCUGCCUAUUUCUUCUCUACACGUGCCCGACGGGUCCGUCGUUUGAAGAAUAUUAAUGUUGGUUUGGGUGAACGAGAGAAAAUUUUGCUUGGUAAAUUGGCUUCUGUUGAGAAAACCGAAACUGCUCUUGACCAAUUAUUGGGAUUGCUAGCUUCUAAAAAGGUGGUGGUAGAGGAACAUGUAAUAGACUUAGAGAAGAAGGUUGAUGAACUUUCCCAAAAUAACGAAGCUUUGAAUAUCCGUAUCGAAAGUCUGAAAAGGGAGUUGGUUGAUAAGGAAAAGCAGAUUAUUGGGUUGAAGGAAGCCAAUGUCCGGUUGGAAGAGGAUCUCAGAUGCCUGUUGAAAGAAGGUGUGGUUGGAGUGGUGGAUAAGGUAAUCGAGCUCCAUGAGUUUUUGCAUGGUAUAGGGCGGAUCAAGAACAAUUGUUGGUGUGCAGGUGAGGAGUCAGGUCCCGAUGGUGUGAGGAAGGAGAUUGUCGUUGGAACUUUUGAUGCAGGACCUGCUAGAUCUUCCUCUAGCCAUAAUGGAGGCAUGGCAGAAGAUAUUGAUGCUUUCCUAUCUUGUGACUAUGCAACUUUGUUGAAGUUAGGUGAAUUAGACUUGGAGGGCUUGAAGAGAUUGUGUGCUUGUGAGGCUGGUGGGGAACCAGGUACCGGUGGCACAACUAAGAUUGUUGGUCUGGAUGAUGAUGGAGACAAGGGUAAGAAUGCCAUUUAG